UUGUCAUAUCAAAAGCUGAUAUCGAAAUACCUAUACAACAUAAUAAGGUAUUUUCUUCUUAAUUCUCUAGUGAUUGAAGGUUGAAAAUCGUGUGAUGGAUGUGUAGAGUAUGUUGUGUAGUUUUUGUAUUUAGUAAGUACAGUUUACAGGUGUAUGCGGUUUAGUUUUGUGGUUAAAAUGGAUUCGCUUAUUGAGGAGACUGAGCAGCCAAUAUUCACGUGCAAGGCCCACGUGUUCCACAUAGACCCGAAGACGAAGCGGUCAUGGAUGUCGGCCAGCUCGGCCGCCGUCUCCGUGUCCUUCUUCUACGACUCGUCCAGGAACCUGUACCGCAUCAUCAGCGUUGAGGGGACCAAGGCGGUGAUAAACAGUACUAUAACAGCAAACAUGACAUUCACGAAGACGUCGCAGAAAUUCGGUCAGUGGAGUGACGUCAGAGCCAACACUGUAUACGGUCUCGGUUUCGCUUCCGAACCGGAGCUUGGGAAGUUCAUAGAAAAGUUCCAAGAGGUAAAAGAAGCGAUCCAAGCUCAGCAAUGCGGUGCUACUGGCAAGUCAGUAACGAACGGUAACAGCGGUGCGGCGACGCCGGUGGCCAGCGCGACCGCGAGCCCGCUGCUGGCUGGGAGGGCGACCGGCGGAGACGAGCCGCCGCCAGCCGUGUCGCCGGCGCAGGCCUUGCCAAAGCCAGAGGUCGAGGAUAUGUCAGUUCAUCAGAGAGCCCAUUCAGUGUCCUCCACUUUGCAGGGUGGGUACGCAACAGUAGGCCGCGCGCCCCGCGGUCCGCUCGCCUCGGCCGGCGCUCCCGCUAUCGUGGACCCGCCGCCCGCCGACAGCUCAGAGCAACAGCUGCGGUACGAGAACGACAGGCUGAAGCUUGCGCUCGCUCAGAGAAUGGAAGGCGGCUACGCCACAGUGGGUCGGGCGCCUCGCGGGCCGCCCGCGCCCGAGGCCCCGCCGCCCGACGCCGCCGACCAGCAGCUGCGCUACGAGAACGAUCGCCUCAAGCUAGCGCUCGCACAGAGCUCAGCGAACGCCAAGAAAUGGGAAGUGGAGCUGGCGACGCUGAAGAGCAACAACCUGCGGCUGACGGCGGCGCUGCAGGAGAGCACCGCCAACGUGGACGAGUGGAAGCGGCAGCUGCACCAGUACCGCGAGGAGGUGGCCCGCGCCAGGCACUACGCUGGGAAAGGCGCCGAAGCCAACGAAGUGGAACAGCUGCGUCAGCGCGUCGCCCAGCUCGAGGCGGAGUUAGCUCAGAAGAACGAGGAACUGGCGCAGAUCACCAAAUCCAAGAAGAGCGAGCAGGACGCAGAGGCUAAACUUGCUCAGAGCCAGCUGGAGUUGGCCCUCGCCGCGCAGGACGGACAGCGGCAGGUCAUACAGGCGCUCAACGACCAGCUGGCGAGACAACUUGAUGAGCUGAGCACGAUCCACCGCGAGAUCAACACGGCGCUGCAGACAUGAGACGCGGCCCCCCCCCCGCCGCCGCCCGCCAUCUACGCGCUCGUGCACAAGGAGCGGCGACACCAGCCCCACCAGCCCCACCAGCCCCACCAGCAGCCCCACCCGCAGCCGCCGCUCCCGCUGCUGCUGCAGACGGGACACGAACCCGCUUACGUCACUGUCAAAGCCAAGAAAUGAAGAGUGCUCUCGGUAUUUCGCAAGGUGCACGAGUUUUUUUAAGUUUCUUCUCUCGUGAAAGUCGGUUGGUGUUCCGUUCUUUGUGUUGACAACGAUUUUGGUACGUAAUUGAUUAUUUUAUAUUACACUUAAUAGUGUAAUUUAGUAUUUCAUGUUACAUAAACGUCUUGUGCCAAGGCACUCAAGAAAUUACAUAGUAAUUUUCCGUUCGACCAACCAGAAUCAGUUUUGAUUGAUUAUGCUGUUCAGGCGUACGGUAUCUACUGAUCACUUGUUAAUAUGUUGUUUAGUAAGAUAAUUUGACACUUUCUGGCAGCUGUCACCUUGACAGUGACAGUUUGGAGUCAUAGUACCGAUAUCGUUGUUUUUAUUCUAUUGUGUUCAUUAUUUUGCUUAUUUGGUUGGGUAUAACUAAAAGUAUACUAUUAUGAUAUUUAAAACAUUGAUAAAAUAUUCUUAUCUAAAGUGUGAAAGAUAUGUUCAUAAAAAUAAUACAGUUUAUUAUGGUGCGAUCAACCGACUUGCUCCUCUUUAGCAGUUUCAUUAUAAAUAGCUGAUUUAUAUUGAUUAUUGGUUCCACCGAGAGAUCUUGGUCCUUUGUCCUGUGUACACCAAAUACACACAAUCUCGAUACAUCACAGUCAGUCAUCCAGUGUUUCAUGUUUCGUGGACGAUAUAAUUAUAAACUCGAUCGUACUCAUAACGUUGAUAUUAUUGAUCAAAUCUAUUGUCGGUUAGUUCAAAUCGAUAAAUAUGUAAUCGAUUUAAACAGACGCUCGAAUAAAUAUCAAGUUAUAACUUUUGCAUACAAUAUAAACAUGACAACGUCGAAGUAAACUCAGUACGCAAGUUUUACAACAUACUUCGAAAUGUAUUAAAAACUUUUCAUAAGUUUGGAACUUUGACUUUAAAAGGUUAUAUGGCAACCAUCCGAUAUUGUCAUAUCGAUAAGAAUCGAAAUGGAAUCGAUUUUGAUAACACAAUGUUAAGUUUUU